GCCUACGCUGCUGCGCCGCAACCGAACCCGGCAGCACGAGAGCGCUGUCCCUGGCUGAGAGCCCGGCGCCUGGCUGAGUGGCAGCUCCGUCCGCCAGUCAGAGGCGAGCUUAGGCGGGUGACGCGCCAAUCGCAGACGCGUGCGGCUGAUUGACGUUGGGAGCUGGUGGCGGAGGGUUUGGUUGAGCCUGGCUCCUGCUCUCUCUCUCCAUCUCAGGCGUAGCCGGACGGUUUCUCUCCCCCGGGCGGCGGUGACGGGAAGAGAAGGCCCCCCCCAGAGUGAGAGGGCCGCGGGGGGAGGGGGGAAGCGGGAGUUCUUCUAGAUAUCAUCCCAAGAUUACCUUCAGAAAAUAAAAGACACGCAGAGAUGGGGAAGAAAAGCAGAGUGAAGACUCAGAAGUCAGGGGGCGGGGCCACAGCCGUCGUGUCCCCGAAAGAGAUGAUGAACCUGAUAAGUGAAUUAUUACAAAAGUGCAGUAACCCCAGCUCUACCCCAGGAAGAGAGUGGGAAGAGUACGUACAGAUUCGGACGCUCGUGGAAAGAAUACGCAAGAAACAGAAAGUAGGUUUAUCUAUCGUGUUUGAUGGGAAGAGAGAAGAUUAUUUCUCCGAGCUGAUUGAAUGGGCGAAUGAGAACGGAGCGUCCACGGAGGGUUUCGAGCUGUCUGAAUUUCCCGGUGAGGGCUUCGGGCUGAAAGCUACAAAGGAUAUCAAGGCUGAAGAGUUAUUCCUUUGGGUACCAAGAAAGUUAUUGAUGUCCGUCGAGUCUGCUAAGAACUCCGUAUUGGGAUCGCUUUACUCUCAAGACCGCAUUUUGCAAGCAAUGGGGAAUAUUACGCUGGCCUUCCACUUGCUGUGUGAAAGGGCAAAUCCCAAUUCCUUUUGGCUCCCGUACAUCAAGACGCUCCCCGGCAGCUACGACACGCCCCUUUAUUUCGAGGAGGAUGAAGUCCAGUAUCUCCAGUCUACCCAAGCCAUACACGAUGUGUUCAGUCAGUACAAGAACACUGCGCGGCAGUAUGCCUACUUCUACAAAGUCAUCCAGACCCAUCCGAACGCCAGCAAACUGCCCCUGAAGGACUCCUUCACUUUCGAUGACUACAGAUGGGCGGUGUCAUCGGUCAUGACGCGGCAAAAUCAGAUCCCCACCGAGGAUGGUUCUCGCGUAACUUUAGCGCUGAUCCCACUGUGGGACAUGUGUAACCACACCAAUGGCCUGAUAACUACGGGUUAUAAUUUAGAAGAUGACCGAUGUGAGUGUGUGGCGUUGCAGGAGUUUAAGGCUGGCGAGCAGAUUUACAUAUUUUAUGGGACUCGCUCAAAUGCCGAGUUUGUCAUCCACAACGGAUUCUUCUUUGAAAAUAACGCUCACGAUCGGGUGAAGAUUAAAUUGGGCGUCAGUAAAAGCGACCGGCUGUACGCCAUGAAGGCCGAAGUCUUGGCACGAGCCGGCAUCCCUACAUCCAGCGUGUUCGCGUUGCAUGUCACCGAGCCUCCAAUAUCUGCCCAGCUCCUGGCCUUCCUGAGAGUGUUCUGCAUGAGCGAGGAGGAGCUGAAGGAGCACCUAAUUGGAGAGAAUGCAAUCGAUAAGAUCUUCACCCUGGGGAACAGCGAGUUUCCGGUGAGCUGGGACAAUGAGAUCAAGCUGUGGACGUUUCUGGAGGCCAGAGCUUCGCUGUUGCUGAAGACGUACAGAACCACAGCGGAGGACGAUAAAAGGCUUUUGGAGCAAGGCGACCUGUCGCUUCAUACCGCAAUGGUCGUUAAACUGCGUAUGGUGGAGAAGAAAAUUUUGGAGAAAGCCGUAAAAAGCGCUUCUGACAACCGCAAGAUGUACAGCAAGCACCUGGAGGACGGCGAUCCGCUGCCGGAAUACGAGGAGAGCAACAUUUCCUUCCUGGAGAACACUGCAUCCGACACCAAACUUCCCCUCGUCCUGAGAAGCCUCGAGGACGACGAAACAGAGCCGGAGGCGCUAAACAUGCAGGAGGCGCUCACAAUCUCCGAGAUCACGGAGAAUGGCUACGUCAACGGAAAAGAGACUCUGUUAAACGGGACCAAUUCUGAAAGCCCGGAUGUCGCCGCAGAGGACGAUGGAACCAAAAACGUCAAAUAAUUUUCUUCUGGAACGCACCAAUGAGGAAAAAGUGCAAUUGUGGAAAAACUUUUGACUUUUAAAGAAGUUUUAAAAAGCGGAGGUUUGAGGCUGUGCAUUUGCAUCGCUGUGUUCGGUUCCUGACUUUUCUGCGCUUAGAACUGUUGCUGCUCUCUUUUUUUUUUUUUUUUUCAAAGUUGAGUUCACUUGUAUAGCGCAGGAAUAGACAGACAUGCCAGCUGAGCUGCGUACCGCGUCACUCGCGCCCGUUUGUAAAGAUAACGGAAAGUAUAGGAGCAUGGAGUUACCGGUACUCGCCUAAUCCUGGUGGUCAGUCGGCAUAACGUCUCCUUUCAUGCUUCAAAGCAGAAUUUCACUCUAAAAAAUAUAUAUAUAGAAAAUAUUUUUUUGCAAGAGAGCGUUCUAGUUUUGCCAUUUUUGUUCCAUUUACAUCUUAUAGAAAUAUAAUUUUUCAAGUUGCUGUUAAGUAAAAUAAAAAAAUAAAAACCACGGGUAGGAGGCAGAUUAUCAGAAAACGAGGCCCGAUGGGGGAUGGCGUCUGGUGUUUAGCGGAAAUAUUGUAUUUAUUAUGCCGUCAACCAGAGUUUACUUUGUUCCGUUUUGUGCUUUGAUAAGCCCCUCUCUUAAAAGGUUUGUGUAAGAAAUUAUGCCCCCCCCCCCCCCCCCCCUCAUAUUUGAAGGCGCGGUAAGUGACUGUGUUAGGUUAAGUUAAUAUAUAUGUGUGUAAAUAUAUAUUUUAAGACAUUCACAUUAACCAUACAGCUCACGCAGUCACUGGUAAUUCGGAGGUUUACGGGUCCACACACAGCUUUAAUAGGUUCAGUGUUGGAAGGCUGGGAUAUGUCAGAUUGACCUCCGAAACUACACGUAUUGAACAGUUUCCAAAAGGUUUCUUCCCGGCUCCUAGUUUUCACGGUAGCUGGAAAUUUUCAUUGCUACUUUUUUCCUCUUCUUUUUUUUUUUUUUUUAAGUUGUCAUUAAAAUAAAAGUGAACAAUUUAUAGCGUCUUA